AUGGCGGAUAACUUCGUGCCAUCAACUUCAGCUGUUUUAUUUCCGGAUUUAAUGUCACGUGAUGAACUUACUGCUGUCUUGAAAGUUAAAUUCCAUCGAAUGGGAGUGAAAGUGCUCAGACUAGACAAACUUUCGCACGAUGAAUUACUCAGACAAUUUAAGAAGUAUGUUAUGCCGAAACCGCAACGAAAGGCGCCAAAUUUUUAUUGCUCUACAAUUAAUCGAACAGGAAACAGAACUAAUGCCAACGACUUGAGAAAGAUGUCUUUAACCAAACUUCAGAAUUCGCAAAUGAAGCAAAACAAAGCUGACUUUAUAAAUGGACAAAAACUGUGCAACAGAAAGCAAAUUGCUGGUUGCACAGAAAAUUAUCGCGAUGUAAAGAAAGCUAGAAAGCAUUCUCCAGUUCGAUUCCCGUAA